AUGCUCGCUCAAGAGCUCUUUGCCGGGUUUCACCAUAACCCAUAUUUACCCAAGUGUGCUAUCAAAGUAGACUUCCAGAAAGCUUAUGACACGGUGGACUGGAUGUUUUUGGAAAAGGUGUUGCAGUCCUUUUCCUUUCCCCAGAUGUUCAUUAAGAUUGUUAUGGAGUGUGUUACUUCCCCUAAGUUUUCUAUAGCCAUCAAUGGAGAACUUCAUGGUUACUUUACAAGUGGAAGGGGCAUCCGACAAGGUGACCCUCUAUCCCUCUAUCUCUUCACAUUGGUGAUGGAAGUAUUUUCCGGGAUCCUUAACUCCAAGGCUAGGCUCCCGGCCUUCAAGUUCUACUGGCGUUGUAAGCCUUCCCGUCUUACUCACUUAUUCUUUGCCGAUGAUGUGCUCGUUUUUGUAGAGGCAAAUCUUGCGUCGGCAACCCUCUUGAAAGAAGGCCUUCAAUUAUUUUUGUCCUGGUCACGGCUUAACCCAAAUGCCAACAAAAGUGAAUUGUUUUUCUCUGGCGGUUCUGAAGAAGUACGAACCCAAAUCCGGCUCUUGUUUGGCUUCAACGAAGGCAAUUCCUAUGGAAAGGCCCGGAUUUGGGUGUUGGCGGGGGCAAAAGUGCCUUGGAAUGAAGUUUGCCUUCCUAAGGAUGAGGGUGGGUUGGGAAUUCGCAGACUCCUUGACUGCAAUCGGGCGGCUUUACUCAAGCACAUAUGGAUUCUCUUCACAAAUAAAGAAUCACUUUGGUGCAAAUGGAUUCACUCCAUUUUCUUGAAGAAUAAGAACUUCUGGAUUGUGCCCAAGCCAACGGGUCCUCUUUACAAUUUUUUUGCGGAUAGGGAUAUCUACCGCUCUGGAAUUCCGAGGAAUUCCUCGGUGAGUGAGUUCUUCUCCUCCGAAUGGCCCCAAUCCUCAGUCCUAGACACAUUUUGCUCCUGGCUGCUUACUGUUUCUCUUGAAUCGGGAGCUAGCGAUUGCCUCACUUGGCACGGUCACCCCUCGGGCGAGUUCUCUUCAUCCAAGGCAUGGGAAUUCAUAAGGAUCAAGGGCCAGAAAGUUAACUGGAGCUCAUUCAUCUGGGAUCCUUCCAUUGCCCCCAGGUACGGGUUUCUGUUAUGGCUCACCACUCUCAAUAGGCUUCCUACGCAGGUGUUUCUGUUGAGGCACAAUAGGAUUGCGGAAGGGGCUUGUGCCUUCUGCCGCCGUAGAUCGGAUUCCAUCGAUCAUCUUUUCUUCGGCUGUAACAUCACUGGCACCCUUGCCAAUUUUUGGGCUUCCAAGUGUAAUCUUUCCUGGCGUAAUGGAUCGUGGCAUGACAACCUCCGAUGGGCCAUUCAGGUCAUUGGAGGCCAUAGUUUCCAUCAGCGCAUUGCUCGUUUCUCCCUCAGCGCAUUAUGCCAUAUCAUUUGGACGGAACGAAAUGACAUCCUUUUUAGGAGCAAGACAUUCUUUUUGCCGGCCAUCCGCAACCAUCUUAAUAAGGCGACGAAAGAUAGAGGUUUAUCCUUUAAACCCGUCGAAGAUAGUCCCCGCAACCGGAGAAUCCAAGCCAACUGGGCCAUCUCUGCCUCAAUCUUUGAUUCCUAG